AUGGACGCCAGCGCCGAAUCUGAUCGCCUACUCGUCCAGACCGAUAGCCAAAACAACGUCGAAGCAACCACCAUGACCGCCAAGGCCCUCGGUUCUAGGAAAGCACGUCUUCUGACAUGGAAAGAAAUAGAGCCGUGGCAAAGGGACAAUGAGUUCAUUCUCACUGGGUAUCGCCACGCAUCAUCUUCAUUCAGUCGAUCCAUUAAAAGUAUAUUGGCGGUGCACAAUGAAACAGCAAAUAUUUGGUCACAUCUCAUCGGCGCUGUGCAAUUUCUCGUUGGACUUGUAAACUUCAUUCGGUUGCGCUCCUUCGCCGGCGAGGCCGGCUCACGCUCCUCAGACAUCGUGGCCGUGAGUGUGUACUAUCUUUGCGUUGUUGUUUGCUUCGUGCUGUCCACCAUCUUCCACACCUUUGCCGAUCACAGCGCCGACAUGCAUCGUUUUGGAAACGAACUCGAUCAUUUGGGCAUUGUUCUUGUCAUGUGGGGUACCGGAGUGUCUGGUGUGCAUUUCGCCUUUUACUGCCAGCCGGGCCUUCAAAUGCUGUACCACAUCGCCCUCACGGCCACGGCAAUCGGCUGUGGGGUCUUCACGAUGCGCCCCAAGUUCCGACAGCCUACGUACCGCACGAUGAGGUUUCUCAUGUACUGCUUCCUCGGAUCUAGUCUCUUUGCGCCUGUCCUGCACGGCUGGUCAAGAUUUGGUCUUGCGGCCCUGGACGACAUGAUGGGCCUCAAGUCGUUUCUUGGUCUCGCGUUGAUUAACUUUUCUGGCGCUGCUUUGUAUGCGGCUAGAAUUCCAGAGAGAUGGUUUCCCGGAACAUUCGACUUGCUCGGCCAGAGCCAUAACCUGAUGCACAUUCUCGUCUUCACGGGUGCAUUGGUGAGGUUGAACGGGCUACUAGAGGUGAUCGGCAGAUGGCAGCAAGAUACACUGGCAAAUGGGCUCUGUAAAAGCAUAAAUUGA